AUGGCCAGCCAAGAACUAUGUCCGCCGAUGUCAUCAAUAACAACAAGUGAGUCGAAUUACAAUAUUUUUACAAAUCAUUUAACUUCAACUCCUCCUCCGGAAUCGACCAGUGAAAUUUGUUUGACGGCGACGUGGGCUACGAAUGGAAUCACUGUUGCUGGUGGAAAGGGUUUCGGGUCCAACCUCGAUCAAUUGGCUGAUCCUUAUGGAAUUUUUCUUGAUACUAACGAUACUAUUUAUGUGGCAGAUCGGUCUAACCAUCGUAUCGUCACAUGGGAACAAGGUGCUUCGAUUGGUCAGCUAGCUGCUGGCGUGAAAUGGGAAACUAACCGCAAUAUGUUAUUAAAUAUGCCGCAGGAUGUUGUUGUUGAUCGAGAUGGAACCAUGUACAUUACUGAUGGAGGUAAUUGGAGAGUUCAACGAUGGCCUCGUGGUGCUCAAGAGGGAGAAACGAUGGUUGACAAAAUCCAGGCUGUCGGUAUAGGACAAGAUGACGAAGGAUCAAUUUAUGUGUCUGAGUACGCAAAUGGUCGAUUGACAAAAUGGCGUGUGGGUGAGACGACUGGACAAGUGAUCCCUACAAAAUUACAUCAUUCGAAUUUUUUGUUUGUGGAUCAAGACCGAUCUAUCUACAUCGUGGGUUAUAUAAAUCACCAAGUUGUGAAAGUAACUGAAGGAAAUGAAGAAGCCGUUGUUGUUGCAGGUCGAUCUGAUAACUCAGGUAAUGAUGCAGACCAAUUAGCUUUUCCAACAGGUGUUGUUGUGGAUCAGUUGGGUACUGUCUAUGUAGCCGAUACUCAGAAUCAUAGAAUAAUGCGUUGGCCGAAAGGAGCAACAUCAGGUAGUCUGAUCAUGGGUGGUCAUGGGCCUGGUCCUGAAUCCGAUCAACUUAAUUAUCCUUCUGAUUUAUCAUUUGAUCGAUAUGGAAAUCUAUAUGUGACGGACACGCUCAAUAAUCGUGUGCAAAAAUUUGUCAUCGACAAGAGUUCAUGUGAAAAAAAAUGA